GACACUAUUGCUGCUUUGUUAGGAUAUCCAUUCCUGAGUCAAAAACCGAGAAAUGGUUACAUUGACGAUGCAACUUCGCAUUUCGACAAACCGACUUGGUGUUGUUAUAUAAUACUAAGGACCAAGCCAACACAGACGAGUCACCAAAUCGCGGUGUGCUUUAUUAGCCGAGAGUACGUAUUUUGAGCGCGACGCCAAGUGUUCCGCCCAGGAAAACGUAAUAAUAACGCGCCAGGAAGAAGCGGCACUCCUACAUGAACAUCCAUAGACACACACCUAAUAUCCAGCCUAAGGUUCUCCUUAGUAUAUGAUGGCAUCCAAAUCGGCCUGCCUAAUGGUGGCGAGCUCUGCAGCGGAAGGGGUGUCGGCGGAGUCCUUCAUAAAUUCUUUCAACUUGUGCAGCUCAGCAUUCAAUUUGCAGAUCACUACUCCUGGGGGUAAACCCAUUGAUUUCCUGGAUGUUGAUGACAGUAAUAUGCGCUGGAUCCAGGACUUUCGUGUGAAAUCUUAUGCCAGUCCUGCUAAGUUGGAAUCUAUUGAUGGCUCUCGGUAUCAUGCUCUGUUAAUUCCUAGUUGCCCAGGUGCCAUGACUGACUUGGCCCAAAAUGGCUACUUGGCAAAGAUCCUACAACAUUUUGUCACAGAAAACAAGCCAAUAUGUGCCAUAGGACAUGGAGUGACUGCAUUGUGUUGUGCCAUCAAUGAAGAUAAGUCUUGGAUAUUCAAGGAGUACAGCAUGACAGGACCCUCAAUAUUUGAGUUGGUAAGACGCAGGGACUUUGCAAACCUUUCUAUCCUGAUGGAAGACUUCGCUAAGGAUUCUGGUGCCAUAUAUAGCGCAAGUGUAGUCGAUGCAGUGCAUGUAGUGUUGGACAGGCAUCUUGUCACUGGACAGAAUGACCAGUCAACUCUUGCAGCAGUUCAGAAUCUCAUAAUUCUCUGCAACAACAGGAAAUAAGGUAUUUCAGAAUAGAUUGGAACUUGGAAAAGACUACUGUAUUCAUAUCAUUGUUCCCAAGGAGCAGGUGUUUUCCAAAUUUCCUGUUUUGUUCAGAAGCUGGCAUUCGGUGAUAUAAACCUACAGUCCUCCUCUGUGAAGAUGUUGCAUUCCACAAGCUAGUACAAAUGAGGCAUUUUCUUUAUAAACUUUUAACCUAAAGUUAUGAUUAAAAAAAUCCAAUGUGUUAUAUGUUCCUUUUCUAAUGAUUAUCUUUGGCUAAUAAUCAUGACUCACUGGUCUACAAAUAAUGUUGGAUGAAUGAAUUCCUGAAACCAGAAGUGAAGUGUAAACCUUUUGUAUUGUUUUGCUGCACAUUACAGCUAUUUAUGCUCACAUUAUGAUACUUAUAAGCGUGUGGUGGAUGCACCCCAAGCUUAAAACUAAUUUAUUAAAGUAUUUUUAGAAAGUUACUUUAAAUCAAGAUCAAAGGAUCCUCUGUCAGUAGUUUUACUUGUGCAAUAAAUGUAAAAAUGCUGCUUACAGUAACUGCAGUAUGAGGCUGGAACUGAACAAAAUGAUUGGAUGAAAGAUUAUGGGAAUUGCAUCUUUCUAGGAGUUACACUAUUUAAAUAAUAAUGCAAGCUAACUCUAUAAAAUAUCCAAUAUAAUCAUAUUUGUAUGGGUACAAUCUGUAUAUAUUUGUAUACUGCAUAAUAAUUUAACUUUUAAUUCAUUACAAUUGCUUCCUUGAAUAUUGUAUUUUGCAUUGUACAUUAAAUGAUUUCUUUUUAUACUGUA